AACAUCAUCCCACAAAACAAAACACCAAAUUGCCUAAAUUAUUGCGCUAAAAUUUUAAAAAGAAGCACUGCUUCCAAGGUUGGCAAAUUUGCUACUUAUCAUCAUUGCACUGUACUGGUUGAUGUGGAUGUAAUCAAAUUGCAUCAAGCGCUUCACAGAGAUCUAAACUGCAUUAAGAGUAAAGCUACAGCCAGUACUAAAGCUGAGGUAAUUAAUUUAAAAACAGUGUGCAGAGACAUUAAUGUUGGAGAUGUCAUUAAAACUGUUGCAGACAACUAUAAAUUAACUUAUCAUGUGAAGGAGGUUCUAAGCGUGUAUCCAACGGAAGAACGUUUUCCUGGUUUAAAUAAAAUACAAGAGAAUCUGAUGAGCUGGAGUUGGUGCUUUGGUCACACACCAUCCUUUACCGUCACCAAAUCUUUCCCCAUAUGUCCCUCCUUUUCCAUGUGGAAUAGUCAGAAUUUACCCUCAUCUUUUGAAAUAAAUCUUGUGUGUAACAAAGGGACUAUAGAAUGUAUUAAUAUUGUACCACAAUUAUUAGACAUUCAAACAUUUAAUAGAUUGAGCCAGUAUAUAAUGGGUUUCAAAUUUUCUGACAAAAUAAUUGAUCCACUGGAAAUGUGGGUUAUGGAUUCAAAAAGCAAAAUACUAUGUAAUUAUGUCAAAUGCUGUAUAACACAAAUGAUUUUUGAUGUUCAUAAAUGAUAAUUUAAUUAAAAACUAUGUAUUUACAUCAA